UGCAGGAAAGAAUCCACGAUGGAACACGCUUCGUUCUGCAUGGCCCGUUUCGAUAGCAUGGGCCCUGGGGCGUUGCGGGCCGGGGUGUAGUUUCUGAUUUGCCAGAGUUAUUUUUUGUCUGUUUCGGUGUUUGUUUUGUGUUUGCUCCGACGUCUCUUUUUGUUUGUUCCGAUGUCUGUUUUUGUCUUUCUCGUUGUAUUUUCUUUUGUUUGCGUUUUAGGCCGUGUUCUCUGUGGUGUCGUUUCCUUUGGUUCCUCUGGCCAGUAUUUUGUUUUGCCCUGUAUUCUGUUUUCUCUUUUCUCUUGUUGUUCGCGUGGCCGGUCUACAAGUGCACUGUCGCUUGGCGAGUCGCUUGUAGGCAAGCUAGGCCUGGCUGAGGGCGGAGACAAUAGAAAGCUUUAUGCGGCAUGGCGCCAUUCGCCGUAGGCGAGCCGAAAGCAGGUUGUUUGGUGGCUUGGCAUGGCGUCGCGGUGCCGUGAUUCAUAGUGCUAA